AUGAUGUCCCAGUGCUCUGCUGAGCUCUGUAUGCUCUUAAUUGAAGACAACUUUGGAGAGCUCUUUGCUCGCAUCUUUACCGUCCUUCAACGUUACGAAAGACUGACUCUCCCUCGGUUAAAAUUCUAUGCUCGUCUAUCAGAUCGCCAGCUGCGCCAUGGCCUCUCCGCCAUGAUCCAGCACCACUUGAUCUAUCACUUCACUUCGCUCGACGACGGCAACACCUACUACGAAGCUAACCCGCAAGCCGCAUACUCCCUAGUACGAUCUGGAAAGAUCCUGCAGCUCGUUGAAAGCCGACUGGGAGAAUAUGCGGCCCAGGUGUUAGAAACGAUCAUGAGCCUCGGUCACUCCUCGAUCGCCCACCUUGAGACGCUUCCGGAGCUUCAAUCCAAGAAGCAGCGCAUUCCGAAUGGGGUCAACCACGAGGAAACUAAGGCCGAGCAAGACGAGGAAAUAGAAGAUGGUUCCGUUGCUCUCAACGGCGAUCAUGCCGAGAGCGAGAAACCCGCGCGUCUUCACCCCACCUUGAAGAGUCUUGCUUCGCACGGAUACAUCCAUCGCCUUCGAGAAGCACACUUCCAGAGUCCGAAUGACAAUUGGCUAGAUGCUUCCCGGAUCAUCUCAUCAAGGCCAGAUGUCAAACUAAUGAAGGGUAAACAGCAAGCGAUGGAAAUUGAGGAGAAGGCGAAGGAAAUGGUCAAGGAAAGAACCGAAGGGGAUCUGACCCGAGGCCUAAUAUACAAUGGCCUCCCUCAAGGCGCUAAAAGAAAACGUGAUCAUGACCACGGCAACAAGGGGUCCAGCGAGCGGGCGCCGAAUGGCACCAACGGUGUCAACGGGGACCAUGUAGAGAACGAGGGAGAAGAAGAGAAUGAUUGGUCCGAAGAUGAAGAUGGAAUUGAUUCAAUCCCAAUGGAUUCUAACCUCAUCAUUCGAGUGAACUACGAGAAACUUGACGUGGCCCUUCGAAACGCGCGGUUCCUUGAGCUUGCUGAGCAAGACGCACCUCCUGCCUCGAUUGAGAUUUACGACUGUCUGCUUCGGCGAAUUGAAUACCAAACAGCCCGGUGCCGAGACUCUUAUGAGAUCCCUCGCGAAGGAGAAGAAGGCGAGCAAUACUCUGCUCCGAUCCAACUGAGCUCAAUUGUCGAAGACGUUGAUCCAAAUCUGGAUCUUGCGGGAUGUAUUGGCCCGAUGGAGCCCUCGACGGUGUUAAACCGACGCGGGAAGCGCCCAUUGGAUGAUGAUACAAACGGUGUGAAUGGUGACGAUCAUGAAGACGAAUCGAGGGGGCAGAACCGCGCCUACGAAAUCGACCAGCACCUUAGUAUUCUAUCACAGCCUCCCUUGAAUCUUACCACAAAACACGUCAUCUCUGGCCUUCCUACAUGGCGAGUCGCAUUCCGAGGCCUGGCCCGCAAGCUACGCCAUUUAGAACUGGAGCGCAUGAUUGAAUCGCGGUACGGAGAUGUGGCACUACGGGUGGUCCGUGUCCUACAUGCCAAGGGCAAGCUUGACGAGAAACGACUCCAGGAAAUCAGUCUCCUGCCCUUUAAAGACCUGCGCCAGACGCUUGCCAGCAUGCAAACGGGAGGAUUUGUUGACUUGCAGGAAGUGCCACGUGACGCGCAGCGCCAGCCUUCCAAGACUAUCUACCUGUGGUACUACGAUCCGGAUCGUGUGUGCAGUAGCAUCCUUGAGGAUACAUACAAAGCCAUGUCACGGUGCCUACAGCGCAUCAAGUUUGAACGUGGCCGCGAAAGAGAUUUCCUUGACAAGACAGAACGAACUGACGUGAAGGGCCACGAGGAAGAAUUCCUCUCAGAGGCCGAACUAGAACAUCUUCGCAAUUGGAAGGCUAAGGAAGCCUUGCUACUGGCAGAGGUAUCUCGAUUAGAUGAUAUGGUUGCUGUUUUCCGUGAUUAUUGA